CAGCUCGGAAGGAGGUGGGUGAAGUCAGAGUGGAUGGCCGAGAACGAAUCCGAGCCCUAGCGGAAGCGAAGACGCGGAAGGCUGAAAAGUGACCGGAAGAGCGAGACAAGAGAAGGAUGAAGUAGAGAGGAUGCUCAGUCAAGGAAAUUCCCACUUCAUACCUGGACUGAAGAACCACUGAAGAUUCAGUUUGAUGGAGUUUUCCCCCAAAAAGUCAGGAGACCUCCACUGGCAGAUAAAGGACUGUACGAACCCCCCUCCCCGGCGGCCGCUCGGAUGACGACAUGGCGGCCGAAUCGACCCGGAGAUUCACCAAGAACCUGCUGAAGCCCGGGAGCGCGGCGGAGAUCCGCCAGACCGCCUGCAACGCGGUCCGACACUCCGCAGUGGCGCAAGAGAAGCCCAGGCUGAUUGAUCCUCUUGACUAUGAGGCUGCCAUCUCCGAACUGGGAGCUGAGCUGAAGGAAGACCCUCUUCGAGAGCUGCUUCUGUUUCCUGACAAUGAUUUCACAGUAUCCACAGUGCCCCAAGAGAGAAGGACUCUCAGGUCAGCUGUUCCCGAGGGUGCAGAGCUCCAGGCUGAAUGUCUGCUGGUCAGACAGGCCUGCAAGUAUUACAACUCGGACCUGAACGUGGUCCAGUUCAAGUACGACGACUAUGCUGGAGACUACCGCCUGCUGCCAAGGAAAUUGUACAAAGCGGAGAAGCUGCCUUCCCACUCGUUUGAGAUCGACCAUGAGGACAUGGACAAAGAUGAGGACACCACCUCCCUGUCCUCGUCUAAAGGAGGAGGAGGAGGAGGCGGAGGUGGAGGAGGAGUCGGAGUGUUUCGGUCAGGCUGGCUAUACAAAGGCAACUUUAACAGCACUGUCAACAAUAGUAUCACUGUGAGGUCAUUCAAGAGGAGAUACUUCCAGCUGACCCAGUUGACGGACAACUCCUACAUCAUGAACUUCUACAAGGACGAGAAGAUCUCCAAGGAACCCAAAGGUUGCAUCUUCCUCGACUCAUGUACCGGCGUGGUGCAGAACAACCGUCUGAGGAAGCAUGCCUUCGAGCUGAAGAUGAACGAGGUCACAUACUUCGUGCUGGCUGCGGAGAGCGAGCAAGACAUGGAGGAGUGGAUCAGCACCCUGACCCGCAUCCUGCAGAUCACGCCUCACGACGGACCAGCUCCCGACCGCAAGAGUCUGGACCUGUCCGACCAUCGCCAGGAUGUGUUCGACUUGUCUUUGAGCGACUGCUGUUUGCAGGGAAACGAAGAUGUGACGGAAAAUGGCAUUAAUCCUGAGCUAGCCAAGUACAUCUCGGAGACAGACGAGGGAAUUCGCUGUGCUCGGAGAGAAGAGAGAUUGAAUCUUUUUUCGCUUGACCCCGAUACUCCUGUGCUGAGGAGCCCACAGGUGGAACGCCCAUCCAGUGAAAACGCAACAGUGCGUCCUUUUGAGGAGAAACUGGGCAGAAGGUUCAUGGUGACCUGCCGAUCACUUAACUUGGUGCUGCAGGGCUGCAUCAGUGAGAGUGAAACAGGGCCAGUCACUAAUAUUGAACCUUUCUUCGUGUCGUUAGCACUGUUGGAUAUACGAGACGGGAGGAAAGUAUCCGCUGACUUCCAUGUGGACCUCAACCACGAGGCAGUUCGUCAGAUGCUGGGGGGCCUCAGUAAUGGGUCAUGCAGUCUGAGCACUGGAGCUCAGGAGAACGGCCUUUGCUCCCCUGCGGAGAAGAAGAAGUCAGGAGAUAGUCAUCCAAGCGGGGAUUUGGAGCACUGGUUAUGUUUUCCCAAACAGGCAAUAUUCUCGGUGACCAACCCCCACGCGGAUAUAGUGAUGGUGGCCAGAGUAGAGAAGGUGCUGAUGGGAAAUAUUGCUUGCGGGACGGAGCCAUACAUCAAAAACACCGACUCCAGCAAGAUCGUCCAAAAGAUUCUGAAAUCCAACAAACAGUUCUGUGGUAAGCUGGGAAAGUAUCGGAUGCCGUUCGCAUGGUCUGUCAGGUCCCUGUUUAAGGACAACCAUGGGGCGCUGGACCGAGAGUCUCGUUUCUCGCCUCUCUUCAAACAGGAGAGCAACAAGAUUUCCACAGAAGACCUGAUUAAGCUUGUGUCAGAGUAUAGAAGGGCGGAGAAGACCAGCAAGCUUCAGACCAUUCCUGGGACUCUGGACAUCACAGUGGACUAUGUUCCUCUGGAGCUUCCAAACUGUGUGACGUCCUCGUACGUACCCGUGAAACCCUUUGAGGAUCUGAGCAAACACCAGCCCACAGUGGAGGUGGAGGAGUUUGUCCAAGACACCACCAAGUUCACUCAGCCGUACCGGGUGUAUAAAAACCACAUCUACGUCUACCCCAAACAUCUCAAAUAUGAUAGCCAGAAGAGCUUCGCCAAGGCUCGUAAUCUAGCAGUCUACGUAGAGUUCCGCUGCUCGGACGAAGAACUUGCCAAACCUUUAAAGUGCAUUUACGGCAAGCCGGGAGGUCCGGUCUUCACCCCAGCAGCCUGUUCCACCGUCCUACAUCACUCUCAGAACCCCGACUUCUACGAUGAGGUGAAGAUCGAGCUUCCUACCCAACUUCACGAAAAGCACCACCUUCUCUUCUCGUUUUACCACGUCACUUGUGAUAUUAACGCUAAGACCAACGCAAAGAGGAAAGAAGCCCUGGAGACCCCCGUGGGCUACUCUUGGCUGCCUCUCUUCAAAGAGGGUCGCCUGUCAUCUCAGGACUUCAACAUCUCUGUCUCCAGUAACCUGCCACCUGGUUACCUGGCCAUAAAAGAGGCCAGCAACACCAAGAACGGAGCUGAUGUGAAAUGGGUGGACGGCGCCAAGGCCAUCUUUAAAGUUUCAACCAACGUCGUAUCGACUGUGUACACUCAGGACACCCACCUGAACCGGUUCUUCCAGCAAUGCCAGAAAAGAGAGCUGGACCUCUCUCACCCUCCUACCUCCGACUUCCUCAAUUGCCUGAAGGGUCUCCUCAGUAUGGAGAAAAUCCCAGUGAUCAUCAGAUUUCUGCCAGUGCUCUUUAACCAGCUCUUCAAGGUUCUGACUCAAAAUGACAAUGACGAUGUCACCAUUGCCACCACCAGAGUGCUGCUCCACAUUGUUUCCAAGUGCCAUGAAGAAAACCUUGAUCAUUACCUGCACUCCUACAUUAAGUUCGUGUUCAAGUCAGAGGCCCACGGCUUCAGGACGGUGCACGAGGAGUUGGCCAAAGGCAUGACCUUUGACCUGAAGAGCAACGAGCACGCGGCAGUGAGGAACGUGUUGAAGUUUUCUUGGUUCUUCCUGGAACUGAUCGUCAAGUCCAUGGCGCAACAUUUGGUUGACUCCGACAAAGUGAAGCUUCCAAGGCCGCAGCGAUUCCCCUCGUCCUACCAGAGCCGGCUGGAGACCCUGGUGGAGACGGUGUCCGACCACAUCUUCUGGAAGAACAAAGACCUGGCAGAGGAGUCACGCAGCGCCAACUCAGCAGUGGCAGCUUUUGUCAAGCGUUGCAUCACCCUGAUGGACAGAGGUUUCACCUUCAAAGUGAUCAGCAACUACAUCAGCAUGAUCCCUGGAACUGGCAGCAAGGUGUUGUGCGAGCUGAAGUUUGAGUUCCUGCGAGAAGUGUGUAACCACGAGCACUACAUUCCCCUCAGCUUGCCCCUGCCCUCCGCUCGCAUCACAGACCAUGCAUCCCCAGAGCCACAAAGCACUCAUGCCUCGGUGCCUGAGUACAACCUGACAGGAGAGUUCUGCAGGAAACACUUCAUGACAGGCCUCUUACUGCGAGAACUCGGGCUGGCCCUGCAGGACGAGCAGGACCUCAGGCACCUGGCUUUGGCCACUCUGAAGACCCUCAUGGCCAAGCACUCACUGGAUGCCCGCUACGCCACCAAGGAGAAGCAAGCAAGAAUAGCAUCCCUCUAUCUUCCUCUGUACGGUCUGAUUCUGGACAACAUGCCUCGCUUCUUCCUCAGGGACCACUUCCCCAUUUACCUAACCUCCAGUGAUCAGGGCUCUCGAGACGACCUUAGCGUGGGAGGUGGAGUGGUUGGCGGUGCGCUUCCCGCCGUCACUCGCCACGGCAACUCGGUAGAUGCCUCCUUUUCCAAAGAGGUGCUCAACUCCAUCACAGCCUUUUCAUCCUUGACAGUUGCUACGGGCAAGCAGGCCGACUCUCGGGGCUCCCUAAUCAGCGUGGACUCCAACCCCAGCAACAGUGACAGGAACAGUGACAAGAUGGAUGGCUACGAGAAGUUCGCUCGGCCUCAGUCCCUCAUUGGCUACGGUUCUCGCUGUGACAAGCUGGACCAGGCGGAGACCCGAAGCCUCCUCAUGUGCUUCUUACACAUCAUGAAAACCAUAUCUGAAGAUGUGCUCGUUUCCUACUGGCACCGGGCCAUCCACCAGGAGAUCUCGGACUUCUUUAAAAUAUUAGAGCUCUGCCUGCAGCACUUCAGAUUCAUGGGCAAACGCCACAUCGCCAGGAAGCUAGCAGCGGCGCUAAAGCUGGCCCAGUCCUCCCACGCCAACGGUACCCUGAAGGUCCCUAACCAUCCCUCCCAGCCCUCAAGCCUCCUCCCACAAUGGAUGGCUUCUUCUGGAGGGGAAGGUCACCGACAGGCCCGUUCCCAAACCAUGCCCAUCAUCCGGGGCAAGAACGCCCUCACCAACCCCAAACUGCUGCAGAUGAUGGAGAGCGACGGGAAUAUCCAGGACGGGGACAAUCUGAGUCCCACUGAUGUUGAGGCCAACUUGUCGACUGAGGUGGCGCUCACUGUGUUGGAUGUUCUGGAGCUCUUUGUUCACCAUCACAAGAAGCAUCUGCUGCUGGAUGACGGGCAGAACGCCUUGAUGAAGAAGGUGCUGGACACCUACUUCCUCUUCUUCCAGAUCAACCAAUCCACCGCCACGCUGCGCCACAUCUUUGCAGCGCUCAGGCUCUUUGUGCAAAAGUUCCCCAGCGCGUUCUUCCAAGGUAAAGCAGAUCUUUGCGGCUGUCUUUGCCACGAGAUCCUCAAAUGCUGCAACCACCGCUCCAGCUCCACUCAAACCGAGGCAGCCGCCCUGCUCUAUUUUGUCAUGAGGAAGAACUUUGAGUUUACUAAGGGCAAAUCUAUAGUGCGCUCGCAUCUCCAGGUGAUCAAGGCGGUGAGCCAGUUGAUCGCCGAUGCCGGCAUUGGAGGCUCCAGAUUCCAGCAAUCGCUGGCCAUCGUCAAUAACUUUGCCAAUGGAGACGCUCCACUCAAGAAUUCUCCCUUCCCGGCCGAGGUGAAAGACCUGACCAAGCGCAUCAGGACGGUGUUGAUGGCCACGGCCCAGAUGAAGGAGCACGAGAAGGAUCCCGAGAUGCUGGUGGACCUCCAGUACAGUUUGGCCAACUCGUACGCCAGCACGCCUGAGCUGCGACGCACCUGGCUGGAGAGCAUGGCCAAGGUCCACGUGCGCAAUGGAGAUCUCUCGGAGGCUGCUAUGUGCUACAUCCACAUCUCUGCCCUGAUCGCGGAGUCGCUUAAGAGGAGAGGCUACUGGAGAGCAGACAAGACCCGGAUGUCCAGUGUGUCCCCUCAAGAAAGUCCCGUGUUUAAAUGUAGCUCCUUACUAACUACCUCCCGAGACCAAGACACAUCGUUUUCUCUGGGCUGGGCGGCCUUCAUGUGCAUCAGUCCUAACGUCAAGGAGGAGGGCGCCAUGAAGGAAGACGCCGGCACGCAGGACACGCCCUACACGGAGGACACCUUGGUGGAUCAGCUGGAACUGUGUGUGGACUACCUGUGGAAGUCGGAGAGAUACGAGCUCAUUGCUGACAUCAACAAGCCUGUCAUUGUCGUUUUUGAGAAGAGGCGAGACUUCAAGAGGCUGUCGGAGCUCUACUACGACAUCCAUCGUUCGUACCUGAAGGUGACGGAGGUGGUGAACUCAGAGAAACGUCUUUUUGGACGCUACUAUCGCGUAGCUUUCUACGGACAGGGGUUCUUUGAGGAGGAGGAGAGCAAGGAGUUCAUCUACAAGGAGCCCAAGCUGACCGGUCUGUCGGAGAUCUCCCAGAGAUUGCUCAAACUCUACUCAGACAAGUUCGGAGCGGACAAUGUCAAAAUGAUCCAAGAUUCCAAUAAGGUGAACCCCAAGGACCUGGACCCGAAGUUCGCCUACAUCCAGGUGACGUACGUGUUGCCGUACUUCGACGAGAAGGAGCAGCAGGAUAAACGGACGGACUUCGAGAGGCAUCAUAACAUCAAGCGCUUUGUGUUCGAGACGCCCUUCACGCUCUCUGGGAAGAAACACGGCGAUGUGGAGGAGCAGUGCAAGAGACGCACCAUUUUAACCACGAGCUCCAGCUUCCCUUACCUAAAAAAGCGUAUCCAGGUGGUGGAGCAGCAGAGCACGGAGAUGAACCCCAUCGAGGUGGCCAUCGACGAGAUGUCGAGGAAAGUCUCGGAGCUCAACCAGCUGUGCAACAUGGAGGAGGUGGACAUGAUCCGACUGCAGCUCAAACUGCAGGGCAGCGUCAGUGCCAAGGUGAACGCCGGACCGAUGGCCUACGCUCGAGCCUUUUUGGAGGAGAAGAACGCCAAGAAGUAUCCAGACAACCAGGUCAAACUGCUGAAGGAGAUCUUUAGGCAGUUUGCAGAAGCCUGCGGCCAGGCGCUGGAUGUGAACGAACGUCUGAUCAAGGAGGACCAGCUGGAGUACCAGGAGGAGAUGAGGGCUCACUACAGGGACAUGCUGAGCGAGCUGUCGGCCAUCAUGAACGAGCAGCUGCAAAAACGUGUUCUCGCCUCCAGCGCCACUUCUCUCUCUAACAGCUCUCUUUCCACUCUGUCUAAGACUGAUUCCUCACUCAAGGCAACCCGGAACGGAGCGCCACAGCGGCUUCUGAACGGCUAAAAGGCCAACAGGAAGUCGAGGGAACCUCGCCAUUGUGCUUGUUUGUGGUAGAAGAAGACAAAAGAAAGAAGAAGUGUGUCGACCGUGCUCGUGCUCGUCUUGCUAUUGUCCUGUCGUUGAACAUCGCCGGGGAUCAACCCCGGGGUUGGUUCUGUUUGUUUUGGUUGUAGAAGAGUCGGCAUCGUCAGCUUAAACACUGACAAGCGAAAACAUGCUACUUAAAAGACCCUUUAGAGUACAGCGACCUUACCGGGGCUGGAGCUGCCUUCAGCAUCUUCACGCGUCCUUUACCAAAACUUUCCUGGUGCAUUUUCAACUUUUUUCAAGAAGAAAUCUGUCUU